AGCAUGUAUCAUACUUAAUAUAACAAAAUUCAUAAGACUGUUAAGAAACACCUCUUGAAUAAAGAUAAGGGGACAAGGAACUAUUAGAGAUAAUGAUAUGAAUUUAUGGUAUUUUUAAAGAUGUGCAAUGAUCCCUUUAUUUUGGCUUAUUUACUUGAUUGUUCUAACUUGUGUAUAUUAUAAUCAUAUUCAGAAUAAUGUAUAAACAGCAAAACUUUACAUUGUAACCAAAUGAACCAUAUUUACUGGUGAAUAUGAAUCAUACUUAAUAAUAAAAUUCAUGAUGGUUAAGUAGAAACACUGAAAUAAAGAUAAGGGACAAAUAACUAUUAGAGAUCAUGAUAUGAAUACCUGGUAUUUUUAAAAUGUGUCAGGAUCCCUUUAUUCUGUCUCAUUUACUUGAUUAUUUAUUUUAACUUAUAUGUAUGAAUGAAUAGUUGAUCACAGAUCAUGCACAUGGGUAAUUCUACAGUUUCAGAUCUUGUUUCUUUCAAUAAUUUUUGUAAACUAAAUAUCAUUGUUCAUACUCUGCAUUCAAACUUCAUUUAGUUACUUAUUUAAUCUGAACAUACAUAGGUUCAUACAGGCCCCAAAUCACAAAAUGUGGUGAAUGACUACUACAAUUUCAAAUAAUGUUGAUGUAGUAUUAAUACUCACUUGUUUGUGAUCUUUUGAAACUGAUCACUGGCAAACACUUUGUCACCAGAUAUUAGUGUCAAACAACUGCAGAAAUAGGAAUGCUAUAAUGAGCGUAAUGUCAGUUUAGACAUUUUAUGUUUUGGGGGAUGACAUUAAUUUGUAUAAUGUAUAUUUGAGGGCAUUCAGUUGUACUUACUAUAGUGUUAUUAACUUGUAUAAAUGUAUAUUGUGUACUAACAUUGGUAGAUGUAUUAUAUUUUUGUAAACAGUGGGAAGCCAUUGAAUGAAUAAACUAUCUGGUCUAAUUUUAAUUGACUUUAUUAUUUAUUCUCUUUGUUAUUUGCAAUAACUUCUGAGGUAGGUGUGCUCUUCAUCUUGCAACAAAUGAGCAUUUUUAUUAUCCUCUGAAAUAUGACUGUUGGAUCAUACAUUUCUAGAGAAUAUGUUUCAGAAGUUGAAUUUGCAAGUUAACAUUUCGAAACAAUUAUUCUGGACCGUGGAAGUUAUGGAAACUAUAUUCGUUUGUGUCAAAUGUGACAUAGAAUCAUGACCUCCAAGAUUGUACACUAUAAGAUUUCAUUUCAUUUUGUGUACUGAUACAGAAUCAGACUUUCUUCCAAAACUGUUGUAGACUUUGAGAAAUCAUUAUGUCACUAAUUUAAUGGUUUUGAAAGUAAUUCUUAACACAUACCUACAAUAUUCAUACUUCUUUCAGAUUGCAGGUCAUUGUUUGUCUGGACAUAUAUCCAUUAAAGGAAAACUACAGGAAUGGUAAUGGAGGCUCCCCCAUCUCCUCAGAGUGUAGGCAGGGAAUUUGUUAGACAGUACUACACGCUGUUGAACAAAGCCCCUACCCAUCUGCACAGAUUCUACAACCACCAGUCAUCCUUCAUCCAUGGUGGUUUGGACCUUCAUAACCGUGAAACAAGCCCCGUUAUCGGCCAGAAACAGAUCCAUCAAAAAAUCCAGCAACUGAACUUCCGGGAUUGUCAUGCUAAGAUCACCCAGGUGGACUCGCAGGCCACCCUGGGCAACGGAGUGGUUGUCCAAGUGACCGGCGAACUAUCCAAUGCUGGCCAGCCGAUGCGUCGCUUCACUCAAACGUUCGUUUUGGCAGCACAAUCGCCGAAGAAAUAUUACGUUCACAACGAUAUCUUCCGUUACCAGGACGAGAUCAUCUCCGACGAGGAGUGCGACGCUGAUCAACGUUCUGACGUAGACGAGGAUAUUGGCCAGGACAGACAGGUGAUCAACGACGUCCAACAGUCGUUGUCCACUCAACCCACUGCUGCGGCCGGCGCUGGCGGCAUUCCGCCAUACUAUCCCGCUGCUGGCGGCGGCGCCCCGAUGCCGCCCACGAUGCCCCAAGUGCCGAUGCACCACAACCAGCAGCCUCCGGUGCCGAAUGCAGCUCAGCAACACGUGCUCAGCAGCCCACCCCAGCAGGUGGCUACUGUCAACGGAGCUAUACAUCCGGAUGAUAUUAGCGUCAUUCCAGGUCAAGUGCCGAAUCACGUGCCCCCGACCGCCCAAUCCCAGACCAUGGGCGGCGCAGUGCCGUCGGCCAUGCAACAGCCGCCCCAACAGCAACAGCCUGCCAACGCGAUGUUGCAACAGCAGGCUGUUGCCGCCCCCAUCAACGACCACCAGCAGUUGCAGCAACCAACUGAGGAGGCUGCAGAAGAGAAACAGAUUGACGAUUGGGAUACUUUGGUCCAGCCACAACAGCAGUCACAACAACAGCAGCAACAGCCGCAGGACAAUGGACACCACGAACCGGAACAGCCACAGGAAUCAGCACCGAACGAGCCUAAAACAUACGCGAACCUCCUGAAAUCCGGCAACACCGGCAGCACGAUGAAUUUCAACAACGCCGCCCAGAACAGCGUCGCGGCCGCUCAACCCCAGCCGUACGGCAACGCCCGCGCCGUUUCGCCCGUUGCGAUGGGCGGUGCGGGCAGACCGAUGGGCGGUCCGAGGGCGGACGGGCCACCGGGACAGACUGGCGGGCAGCAGAGGCCGCCCAGGCAGGAUUCGAUCAGGGGAUCGCAGGGCGGUAUGAGGGGGUCUGUUGGCAAUGAUGAUGGAUUCGAUGACAGGCGACGAUCUCAGGGUGGCUUCAACGACGUAAACCAGCUGUUCUUGGGCAACCUUCCGCACACAGCGACAGAAGAUGAACUCAGGGAGAUAUUCAGUGAAUUUGGUGAAAUUAUGGAUCUCAGAAUACACAGCAAACCACUAAGCAAAAUCGGCGGACAACCCGGAGGACGAGCGCCUCCCAACUAUGGUUUCAUCACUUACAAACUGCAACAACACGUACAGGCCUGCCUUAUAUCUAAGCCGAUCUUCUACCCGCGCGGCGACAAAAACGGCACACAAUUGAACGUCGAAGAGAAGAAACCCAAGGACAGGCCGCCGUACAGCGGCGGCGCGAGCGGGGGCGGCAGUCGCCAGAGCAUGGACGGCGGCCCUAGGGGUGGCCGAGGGGACCGCAGCGGCAUGCCCCCUAGGGACGACAGACGCAUGGGAGGCGGCGCCCCCGGCGGACCGAACAGAAACGCCGGCGGACCGCCCCCGAACAGAAGCAACAGCUACCAGAACAGAAACGCCAGCGGCGGACCUCCGGGACAAAGGGGCGGGCCUAAUUCGUACCGUCGCUAACCCGACACUACCUGUCCCAUCUUUCCUCUUCCUCGUAAAACUGCGUUUGAUUGGUGUUGAGCGGUGAGCUUUGGGUGCGUUUAGCGUUGCUGUUGCUCGACAUUUUGAUAGAUUGAGUUAAAAACGCCAUGUGAUAGCAGCGGCUCGGCUUGAAUUAGAUGUGGCGAGCUUAAGUUCGGGUAAUAAAUUAUUGCCAUAAGUAGGUGCAGUUGUCACGUACGCUAGUAACGCUAUUCGUAGCCAUCGUGUAUUCCUUCAACCCGAAUCGGGCGCAGUUUUCCGCACCCGUUUCCCCUUAGAAUUCGACGAGUGAAGGACUUUCGACGUGAGUUUUGUGUGUAAGGAACGUGCAAGGGCGUGUGCGCAGCGUUUUUCGUCGUCGAUAUCGGAGCUGAUUUCCACUUAGUGCCAAUAGUGGAACUGUUUAGCUGCAGUGUAUUUUAAUUCAAACCUGUUUUAUUUAUCUGGUCAACCGGUUGCUGGCCGUUUAUAAGCGCGAAUGCCAAUCAGUUUAGGUGGUCUUUCUAAUGGUUCUCUGCCACAUCAGCGAAAAUUGAACCAAUUUUCUUCACAUUGUCACUACGCACUUUAGGAAAUUUUGUAUGAAGGCUGUGGAGUUUAUUAAUAAAACCUUGAAUUUAGCUGUGGUUCGAUGCUUUUGAUUUAUUGAUAUACUUACGAAUAAAAUUUAAUUAGAAAUUCUUUCAACAACAUGAGGAAUAAUUUUUGGCGAAGUCAAGAUAAAAAUGGUAAGAAGUAAUCAUUGAUCAUUUUCAUCAUCAUCUAAAGAAAAACAAAUUACUGCAGAAUUGUUUCCAGAUACUAAGAUUUUCAUAAAUGAAUACAAAGUUUCAUCAAACACCCCCUAGCAGAAAAGCUUGCCAUGACACGAAAAAGAAGUUUAUUGAAGAGUCUGUUGAAGUAGAGAUGCUGGAAGAUAUGCGUCGUCUCAAGAGAAAUGAAGGAAGGGAUGCUAAUGAAACUGACUCUUUGGAAUCAAAGAGCUUGAAGAACUGGAUUCUUUCAACGCAUCACCAAAUCAGAAAGAAGUUUCCGCUGAACCUAAAUCGCCAUCACAAGCACCAAUACCCAAUUCGAGCAAAAUGAUAAUACUCAGGCGAAAGAUUGAAGAAGACAAAGCUAGUCAGAAGGAAAACGCAACAGAAUCCAGUUCGUAUGUUACACAAAAAAAGUAAGAUUGAUUGUCAAGAGGAAGAGAAUAUGACUUGCCCAGCAAACAUUCAAUAGCCCGCAAGGGGCAGCAAAUCAACCAAACCGCAACCAUUCAACAAUCUAAAACUAAGACCUGAUAAGAAAAUCGCGACAGCAGCACAGACUUCUUUGGAAUGCAAGAGAAACAUUGAGAAUGAAGGAUACGAGGAUCAAAGAGGUGAAUCAUCUCUGGAAAGCAAUGGCACUACCUCUGCGUCUUCUAGAUGUAUGAGUAAUUUGAAAAUCAAACCAAACUGUAGCUGCAAGCAGUGCGACCCAUUGGUCUAUUACUAACCCCGGUGGCGAUAAAUAUGAGAACAAGCCUAAGGUCGUACUAACUGGGGACCAAAACACCAAUUUGUCACAGAAGAGGAUGCUCCUUGACAAUACUGAAAAAGAAAGCUGUGUAAAAAAGAGGUGAGUCCGCCAAUGCGAGGGAUAAUCAUUUUUUGACCUAUAUUUCCGUAUACUUCAUCAAAAAGGUAUUUAGUCAGCCUAGAAUGUUUAGGUUACAUACUUCUUACAAUACAAUCUUUGAAAUGAAAAAUGUUUUGGAAUAAAGUAAAUAAUUACAAUGAAAAAAAAGAAAUGAACAAAUCAAGUGAAAGUUAGAAUUAACAAUUACAUACUUAUUUUAAUAUUUUAAAUUUAUUUAAAAAAAAUUGGUAAAAUCAAGGCAAAUGUUUUUUUUGUUUAUCUCUUUUUAUUGAUGAAAGAAAUUAGUAAUCAUGUCUUCGUUGAUGCUCUCUUGGGAACAUUUUUAAGAAACCUUGGGCCAUUUAUUAAUUUAGUACUUGUGAUAACCAUAAAAAACUACCGGAGGCGAGCGGGGGAAAACACCUUAUGUCACUUUCUUCAGAAUCACGCCACUUCCAAUUUUUCUGUAAAAUCUCUACUACAAAUCUGAGGUACCAUUAAGAUGCUAUUUAACACGGCAUAACAAAGCUUCUCACAUAGUGUAAAUGAGAAUUAAACACCAUUUUUUAAAUUAGUUAUGAAAUGAUUCUGAAUUGAGUAAUAUUAAAUUCUAUAAAUUGGGUUCCGAACCAAUUCUUUGUUACGAUGCUCUAAAAAGACAAAAUUUUGUGAUAGUCUUAUAGUAAUUGUAUAUAAAAAUCCUUCAUUUUUCAGCUUAGUUUACAACUCAAAAUGUUGUGAAAAUUUCAAUUCCACUGAUUUCCUACUGUCCUUUGUGCUUCUCAUGAAGUACAGAUUGUUUUACCAAGGUUCAAUACAGUUUAUUUCAAAGUUAAUUUGAGAUUUGGAAUAUAAGUAAUUUUUUUCAGUUGUGGCAUUUGAAAUGGAAUAUGGUGUUAGUAUGCUUAUGAAUAGGAAAUGAAGCUUGGGGAUUGAUCUUACAGAAUAGUAAUUUUGUGAUAUUUUGUUGAACAAUUCAAAUUCCAUAAAACUGAUGAAUGAAAACGCGAUAAAAUUGAAUUUUUGACAAAAUGCUAUGGCAGCAGAUAAAAAUUAGCUAUGUGCAAUAUACAGAGGAGACGUUUUCUUCCGACAACUUGUGCUUUAAUAAAAUUUUGAUAAUUAGUAACUUUCCAUCAUUCGCUUCUAAUAGCAUCCAAAUUUGAGAUGUUUAUUUCCUAUAUUGACAACCAUACCAAUAGAAAGGCCACGAUGUUUUUUAUAAUAAUCGUAUGUACUGUUUUGCCUUCCACUUACUUCACGUAGCUGUUUUUACUAGUUUCCAAUUUUGCUUUUUCGAUGAACUGUCGGGUCAAAUUAGAAGUCAUCAGCGACAUGUCCCUAGAAUAAUUCAGGGAUUUGUCUGCUAUAUAGGAAUUGCAGGCAUUGUACCUUUCAUAAUACUUCAUAUAACUGAUAGUUUUUUCAUAAUAAUUCAUGUAACUGUUCGUUUUUCUGUGCUUCCUGAAUUGAUUGGAGGGUCAAGGUAUUGUUUGAGUACUUAUUGGCUGUGUUGUGUAAUUUUUGAUUGGCAUUGUGCUGUUAGAAUGUCAGCAGCAUUUAUACUUUGUCUGCAAAAGGCAUAUGUAGGUCCAUGACAGCUCAAGAGUGUCACAUAUUGUUUUUAUGGUUUGAAAUUUAAUAUAUUUCACAGCUUGUGAACCACUCGUCAAUUUUGUAUUACUGUUAUUUUUUUAAUUAUACUGCUAGUAUUUAUGUACAAUUAUUUAAACUGUAACUAGACUCAUGUAAAAACAAUAAUGUGCUUUGAAUUCCUGCCACUGUCAUUUUAAAUAGAUAUGUGCGGAAAAUUCCAUUUUUAUUUAAGAACACUUUCUUAAUAGCAUAAAAAAUGGGUUCCUUGAAAGAUGUUCAUCUACGAGUAUACAUCGUGCCUAUUGAUUUUGAGAACGGUUAGUCUUGAAAUUUAUAUGCGCCGUGUAUUUAUUUAAAAAUCCCAGUCAAAUUUUCUGUUAACAGGUCAAAAUACAUAUUUUUGAUUAAAUGAAGUAAUGCAAGGGGUGUAAUACAUGUUUUUCAAAAAAUUUAAGCAUAGUAUCUCUAAGGCUAGAAGAAUGCAUUUUACGUUAUUUCGAAUAGCAACAAAUAUAGACGUGUUUUAUAAAUACUUUUUAUUUGUGAGUUGUUAAAUAUCAUUUCCAGCGGUAUUCCAAGUUUUUAUUUGAAUUUUUCAUUAACCAGUUGAAAAAGAAACGUUAACUGAAAAUAAAGUAAAAGAAACUUGAACAUGUUUCCUUUCCCUUCUACUCUACCUUAACGCAAUGUACAAA